CUAUUAAUUAUCACAACCCUCCUCGUAUAGUCUAUAUAUAUAGCAGAUCCACAACAAUAAAUACGUUCAAAACAAACUAAGAUGAAAAUGCAAACACUACACUUCUCUUCUUCUCUCUUGUUACUGUCUGUUAUUUUCCUCUCAUGGGCUUUGCUAAUCUCAACACAACACCCUCCCUCACAGUCACCUUCUCUGUCUCCGUCACUCUCACCUUCUAAGCCUCCGUCACAGCCUCCUACUUCGCCUCCGUCACAGUCGUCUUCCCUGGCUUGUAAAUCAACUCCAUACCCUAAGCUAUGCCGUACGAUCCUCAACGCUGUCAAGUCAUCACCGUCCGAUCCUUACAGUUACGGCAAGUUCACGAUAAAGCAAUGCCUCAAGCAAGCAAGCCGUCUCUCCAAAGUCAUCACCGGAUACGCGCGGCGCGUGAAAAGCAAACCAGGCUCAGCAACGCCCGAGGAAAUCGGCGCUGUGGCGGACUGCGGCGAGUUAUCGGAGCUGAGCGUGAACUAUCUCCAAACGGUCACGACGGAGCUCAAGACGGCGCAGGUGAUGACCGCAGCUCUCGUGGAGCAUGUGAACAGUCUUCUCAGUGGUGUGGUGACGAACCAGCAGACGUGUCUUGAUGGACUCGCGGAGGCCAAGAGUGGAUUCGCCGCCGCGCUAGGAUCGCCGAUGGGGAACCUCACGCGUCUUUACAGUAUCUCGCUGGGGCUUGUGAGCCACGCGCUUAACCGUAACCUUAAGAGGUUCAAAGCCUCCAAAGGGAAGAUUCUUGGUGGUGGCAACUCAACCUAUCGCGCGCCGCUCGAGACUUUGAUUAAGGGUUUGCGUAAAACAUGCGACAACGACAAAGAUUGCCGGAAAGCUAGCCGUAAGUUAGGGGAGCUAGGUCAGACGAGCGGCGGUUCCAUCCUCGUGAGUAAAGCAGUGAUCGUCGGUCCGUACAAAUCCGACAACUUCACGACGAUCACUGAUGCUAUUGCAGCCGCACCUAAUAACACUAGACCAGAGGAUGGUUACUUUGUUAUCUACGUAAGAGAAGGUCUCUACGAAGAAUAUAUUGUUGUUCAGAUGAACAAAAAGAACUUAAUGCUUAUCGGAGAUGGAAUCAAUAAGACGAUUAUUACUGGGAACCAUAACGUCGUUGACGGUUGGACUACGUAUAAUUGCUCGAGCUUUGCUGUGAUUGGAGAGCGGUUCAUGGCGGUUGAUAUUACAUUCAGAAACACAGCCGGACCUGAAAAACAUCAAGCUGUGGCUUUGAGGAACAAUGCAGAAGGAUCAAGCUUCUAUCGGUGUAGUUUUGAAGGCUAUCAAGAUACUCUCUACGUCCACUCUAUGAGACAAUUCUAUCGUGAAUGCGAUAUCUAUGGUACCAUCGAUUUCAUAUUCGGGAACGCAGCCGCAAUUUUUCAAAACUGCAACAUAUAUCCUAGAAAACCAAUGGCAAAGCAAAAGAACGCUAUAACAGCCCAUGGAAGAAUCGAUCCAAACCAGAAUACCGGAAUCUCAAUCAUCAAUUGCACAAUAACAGCUGCCCCGGAUCUUGCAGCUGAUCCUAAAUCCGCCAUGACAUUCUUAGGGAGACCAUGGAAGCCCUACGCAAGGACGGUUUUCAUGCAGUCAUAUAUUAGUGACAUUGUCCAACCAGUCGGAUGGCUCGAGUGGAACGGUACAACCGGACUAGACACAAUCUACUACGGUGAGUAUAGUAACUUUGGACCAGGGGCAAACACGAACCAGAGAGUGCAGUGGUUAGGGUACAACUUGUUGAAUAUGGCAGAGGCCAUGAACUUCACGGUCUACAACUUCACCAUGGGAGAUACAUGGUUGCCCCAAACCGAUAUUCCUUUCUAUGGAGGUUUGCUUCACAAAGAAUGAAACUAAAAGAAUAUGAAACCCAUAUUUAAUUAUACGUACUUGCUCUUUUAAAUAAUAAAGCAAUAAAUUUUCAUUAGUUUCUA